CUGUCUCGUCUCAUUUACAGCCCUAGUUAGGACUGCUACUGGAGCUGGAGUCAUGAUGAAUGAUCGCAAGAGCCGCUUCUCAGUAAAUAGCAAACCAAUCUACCACUUCAUGGGCACCUCUACGUUUAGCCAGUACACGGUUGUGCAUGAUGUUAGUGUUGCAAAGAUUGAUCCACAAGCUACUGUGGACAAAGUAUUCCUUCUUGGUUGUGGUGUUCCAACUGGGCUUGGAGCAGUUUGGAACACAGCCAAAGUUGAACCAGGGUCUACUGUUGCUAUUUUUGGCCUUGGGACUGUUGGUCUUGCAGGUGCAGAGGGUGCGAAAUCAGCUGGUGCUUCAAGAAUAAUUGGUGUAGAUAUUGAUAGCAAGAAGUAUGAUAUUGCAAAGAAUUUUGGAGUUACAGAGUUUGUGAAUCCAAAGGACUAUGAUAAACCAAUUCAGCAGGUCCUUGUUGAUCUCACAGAUGGUGGUUUUGAUUACAAUUUCAAGCGUAUCGGAAAUGUCUCUGUUAUGAGAGCUGCUUUGGAAUGCUGUCAUAAGGCUGGGGAACUUCGGUUAUCAUAGGUGUUGCCGCAUCAGGUCAGUAGAUAUCUACUCGACCUUUCCAAUUGGUGACUGGCCGUGUUUGGAAAGGGACUGCUUUCGGUGGAUUCAAGAGUCGUUCACAAGUUCCCUGGCUUGUUGACAAGUACAUGAAGAAGGUAAAU